UUACGUUUUCGCCCGAUAGGCGUGCUGGCGGUGUCCAAUAUGUCUGCCAUCGGGCAGAGUUUCACAACAGAACUAUGUGGACUUUGAAGAUGUUCUAUACGCUCCGUGUCGCCACGGAGACAACCCGUACUAGCACCUGCCGUUUCUGUCAGGCCGCAGUGGCACAGUCUCGGACUGCAUCGCACACGCCUCAACUCUACGGACAGCCAACGGCGGAGACCCACCCGCACUUACUCCGCAAGGGCGAAGUUACUCCCGGGAUCCAGAAGGAGGAGUAUCAGAGCAGACGACGGAGACUCGUGGAGAACAUCCGUCAACUCUGCUCCACGUCCAAGACACAGCACGCUCAAAUCAAGAACCAUGCCAUCAUUGUGCCAUCUGCAACCAAGACCUACAUGUCGGACAAGAUACCGUACCCGUUCCGACAGAACUCCGAUUUUUUUUACCUCAGUGGUUUUCAGGAAAUUGACAGCAUUCUUCUCAUCCACACAAACUUUGAAACCAACACGACAAAAAAUAUCAUGUUCGUCCCGAAAAAGGACCCGCACGCGGAACUGUGGGACGGUCCGCGAUGUGGUGCCGACGGCGCAGUUGAACUUUUGGGUGUGGAUGAUGGUUACGCAAUGGACGAUUUUGAAUCAUUCUGUGCAUCGCUCCUAUCCCAAAAGGCAUCGACCAUGCUCUGGUACGAUCACAUGGCGCCGACCUUCUCUCGUGCUCAAGAGGCCAUGCACGAUCUAGUCAACGAUUUCAAAGGAAGAGUCGUCGUCGAAUCCCCGCGAAUGUUGAUUCAGAGGCUGCGGCUGACUAAGUCCGCAGCCGAGGCGGAACUGCUGCGACGGAGCUGUCGAAUUGCGGGCGAGGCGAUGUCCGAGGUAAUGAGGGCGUCACAUCCAACGGUGUCCGAGGCGCAGUUGCACGCAAAGAUGGAGUUUGAGUGUCGGAUCCGCGGCGCAGAACGCCUGGCGUAUCCGCCCGUGGUUGCCGGAGGAAACAGGGCUAACGUUAUUCACUACAUCGCAAAUGAUCAGAAGAUUGAAGAUGGUGCUAUGGUGUUGAUGGAUGCAGGUUGCGAGCUGCACGGCUAUGCGAGUGACCUCACCCGUACAUGGCCAGUCAGCGGAAACUUCAGCGAGGGCCACAGGGAGCUGUACGAGUUGCUGCUAGAUGUUCAGCAACAACUGCUGAAGAUGCUGCACGAACCAAUCUCAUUAGACAGCCUUUUUCAUGCCAUGUGCGACCUGCUUGGAAAUAGGUUACAGGAAGCAGGCGCCAUUUCAGCUUCCACGCCCAAAGAAGAAUUGUCAAAGGUGGCAUAUCAGUUCUGUCCUCAUCAUGUGGGACAUUACCUCGGGAUGGAUGUCCAUGACACGCCUUUAAUUCCACGUGGUAUCAAACUUCCUCCCGGAGCUGUGGUCACCGUAGAACCAGGGAUCUACAUCCCAGAGUCGAACCACAAGGUUCCGGAAAAAUUCCGGGGCGUAGGGAUGAGGAUCGAGGACGACGUGCUGAUUACGGAAAACGGGCCCGAAGUUUUGACAGCGGGAUGCCCGAAGACUGUUGAGGACAUAGAAGGUCUCUUUGGAAGAAAGCAGACGAGGACCGUUUCAGAAAGGAGAAAGUGCUGCGAAGUUAAACAGUGAAUUUGGAAGCACAAGUUGGGCUGUAGGUUGCCAAAGUGAAUUAGGCACAAUAUUUUGCACAAUUAAAGCGUGGCAGCGACAUGAA